AUCUUGCUCAAUCCUGAACUUUUAUGAGCUUGUAUGUACCUUUAGUGUAUAAUGGACUAUAUGUCUUCAGAUCUUACAGCAUCCUCUUCCGGAAUUGUGAAAGGAAGUGAAUUGUGAAAGGUUGCCAAAGAUACAAACGUGUUCGAAGCCACCUUGCAUGUUAGAAGGAGGGAGUUAUUUUAAGUCAGAAACGAAGCUUGUGCAGCUGCCAGACAACCGUGUAUUAAACAUCAGUUAAAAGUUUUCACGUGAAGAUGGAAAAGAUGAGAGAUGGCAACAAAGAAAACUCGAUAACUGGAAACUUGCUGUUCUGUGUGGCCACUGCAGUCAUAGGCUCUCUGCAGUGUGGUUACAACAUAGGGGUCAUCAAUGCACCUUAUGAGAUAGUGCAGAACUUUUUUAGGGCUGCAUCUCUGGAGCGCUAUGGCAAAAGCUUGGAGUCCUCCACCAUUGAAUACUUGUGGGGUCUCACAGUAGCUAUUUUCAGUGUUGGUGGCAUGGUGGGUGCUCUCUCUGUAGGAUCUAUGGCCAACAGGUUUGGGAGACCCAAGGCUAUGCUCCUGUGCAACAUCUUGGCUCUGAUCGGGGGUGGGCUGAUGGGCUUGUCUUAUGUGUCCCGGUCGUAUGAGAUGGUGAUCAUUGGCCGCCUGGUCAUUGGCAUCUUCUGCGGUCUCGCUUCAGGUCUUACCCCCAUGUAUGUGGGGGAAAUAGCACCAACAGCACAGCGAGGAGCAUUUGGCACCCUUCAUCAGCUAGGAAUUGUUGUUGGCAUACUCAUAGCUCAGAUCCUAGGUUUAAAAGAAUUGCUAGGUUCUGAACAUCUUUGGCCACUGCUGCUGGGACUGACUGUGGUGCCUGCACUACUGCAGAGCAUCAUACUGAUUUUUUGCCCGGAAAGUCCUCGAUACCUGCUCAUCAACCAACAGCAGGAAGACAAGGCUCGCAAGGUGUUGGCACGUCUUCGUGGAAACAAUGACAUUGAGGAUGAUAUUCGGGAGAUGAAGGAGGAAGCUAUGAGGAUGGCAAUGGAAAAAAAGGUUUCCAUCCUGGAGCUGUUCCGCAACCCAAUUUACCGGCAGCCUAUCAUCAUUGCCAUCGUCAUGAACCUCUCUCAGCAGUUCUCUGGAAUCAAUGCGGUAUUCUAUUACUCUACAGAAAUUUUCAAGAAGGCAAAUAUCAAAAAUGCAACAGGCAUAACAAUUGGAGCCGGAGCAGUCAACACAAUCUUCACAGUGGUCUCUCUCUUUUUGGUGGAGCGAGCAGGACGAAGGACACUUCAGCUGAUUGGUUUGGGUGGAAUGGCCAUUUGUGCUCUUCUCAUGACCAUUACUCUGCAGCUAUUGGUGGAUCCAUGUGAUCAACAAGCAAUGAACCUUACUGCUCCAGACAUACAUAACUGCUUCAACACAACGGCAAUAGCUGGCGAGAAAGAAGCUUCACCGAUAAGCUAUGUUGCCAUUAUCGCUGUUUUUGGGUUUGUGGCAACGUUUGAGAUUGGGCCAGGGCCAAUUCCAUGGUUUAUAGCAACAGAGCUUUUUGCUCAAGGUGCAAGGCCAGCUGCUGUCACUGUGGGUGGCUGCUCAAACUGGACAGCCAACUUCCUGGUGGGUCUGUGUUUCCCACUUCUGCUGGAAGCAUGUGGGCCAUAUGUCUUCAUAAUUUUCUUCAUCCUCCUUGUGUUUUUCUUCUUGUUCACCUACUUCUUGGUUCCUGAGACCAAAGGCAGGACGUUUGAAGACAUUGCUAGUGCAUUUGCUAGAAAAGCAGCCUCCGGCCCCACCCAUUCCUUACCAAAAGAGGGUGUGGCCAGUAUGCCAGUCUCUUCUCCAACAGAAAAAGUUGCAAUGGUGGAAUUUGGACAGGAGGCAGACAAGACUGGCCCUAACCCAUAGCGCUCAGGCAAAAGGUCAGGUGAGUCUUAAUUUUAAGUGAGAAGGUCCUUAAUGAUGGACAGAUUUAAAAAUGGCAGAGUGGAACUAACCAUGUAUUUUAACAAAGGAUGGUAAUGCAUUUGAUUGAAGACAAAAUCUAAAUAAUGACUAUGAUCAGUACUCUGAUUAUUUUCAAGGCAGCUUUGACUAUACAUUAUAUAUAUAAAAGUACUUAGGAUAAAUGGGAACAAAAUGUGUAAUGGAAUAUUCACAAUACCUUGUGUCAGGUGUCCACAAUUUCUUUUUUAUAUAUAUAGUGUAUGCAUCUUGUACCAGAUUAUAAAAAGAUUAUAUAUAUUUAUAUAAUUCUUUUUAUAUAUUAUAAAAAACAUUGAUCUAAUAAAUCUUAUUCACUGAAUUAGUUAUGGCCAGUCUUUAAACAUUGAAGGCUUUUUAAUGUCUGUCUUGAGAACAAGUUAUUAUAUUAGAACCUGUGCAUCUUCCAAUGCACUAAAACUAUAGAAAUAUAGAUAAAUAUAUGUAAUUUUAUCUAAAUAUGUGCACUGAUUUAUUAUGAAAUACUCUUCAAAUUGAAUAAUGUGCUGACUUGUACCACACUGUAUGUUGGUGAAGUCUAAAGGUCUUGUCUAAUUGAUUUUUUUAAGUUUUCAUAUUUACCCUGUUAUCAUUAAUCACAUUUGUUUAUAUUUAUAAUUUAAUAUUAUAUUAUUUAAUAAUAAUAAUUUGUUAAACACUUCCCCACC